UCAUUUCCUUAAUAUAUGCACAAAGAAUCCCAUAAAAAUGAUUAAAUACUUAAACUAAUCCAAUCCAAUUCAAUCCAAUCCAAGUCGUGGAUAUAAACCAAACACCUCAUUACAUUACAUGCUCAAUUUAAAUUGCAUAUAAAUAACACACUACUUGUACAUGCCAAUUUUUAGCACCCACAAAAUCAUUGAAAUAAAAAAACACCCUCAAAUUUCCCAUCUUUCUCUCUCAAAAAUCAAAAUCAAAUCGUUUGUUUGUUUGGAAUGGCAUUAGCAACAAGCACAGCAACACUUUCAACCAGAACUUCUUCAUCAAUUCUCCCAAAACCCUACCAUUCUACCUCAAUCUCAAAUUCAUCCUUCAAUCUCUCUUUUCAAUCGCAAUCAAAAACCGUAAAAUUAUCCCCAAAUCGUCGUUCAAUUUGCUGUGUUAUGGCCCCUGAUUUGGCUUCCAAAGCGGCGGCGGAUGAUGAGACUGAUUUGGGCGUUUUUCAACGACCCGAUUCAUUUGGAAGGUUCGGGAAAUUUGGGGGAAAGUAUGUGCCAGAAACCCUUAUGUAUGCUCUUACUGAGCUUGAAUCCGCUUUCCGCGCUCUAUCCAGUGAUGAUGAAUUUCAGAAAGAGCUAGAUGGGAUACUGAGGGACUAUGUGGGGAGAGAAACUCCUCUCUACUUUGCAGAACGCCUUACUGAGCAUUACAAGCUUGUUAAUGGUCAAGGGCCUGACAUAUACCUGAAGAGGGAAGAUUUGAACCACACUGGUGCUCAUAAAAUCAAUAAUGCUAUUGGUCAAGCUUUGCUUGCCAAAAAAUUAGGAAAGAAACGUAUCAUUGCUGAAACUGGAGCUGGUCAACAUGGAGUUGCAACUGCUACUGUAUGUGCACGGUUUGGGUUACAAUGUAUUAUUUACAUGGGAGCACAAGACAUGGAAAGACAAGCUUUGAAUGUUUUCCGAAUGCGUCUUCUUGGUGCUGAGGUUAGACCUGUCCAUUCUGGCACGGCUACUCUGAAGGAUGCUACAUCUGAAGCUAUAAGGGAUUGGGUGACAAAUGUGGAGACAACACAUUAUAUAUUAGGGUCUGUUGCUGGCCCGCAUCCAUACCCCAUGAUGGUCAGAGACUUCCAUGCUGUCAUUGGUAAAGAAACUAGGCAACAAGCAUUAGAGAAAUGGGGUGGCAAGCCAGAUGUGCUGGUUGCAUGUGUUGGAGGAGGUUCAAAUGCCAUGGGUCUCUUCCAUGAGUUUGUUGAGGACAAAGAUGUUAGAAUGAUUGGUGUUGAAGCUGCUGGGUUUGGCUUAGAUAGUGGCAAGCAUGCGGCUACAUUGACUAAAGGGGAGAUUGGAGUGUUGCAUGGAGCAAUGAGCUAUCUGUUGCAGGAUGAUGAUGGGCAGAUAAUAGAACCUCAUUCCAUUAGUGCAGGCUUGGACUAUCCUGGAGUUGGUCCUGAGCAUAGCUAUCUGAAAGACUUGGGACGUGCUGAGUACUUUAGUGUAACUGAUGAAGAGGCAUUGGAAGCAUUCAAGAGAUUAUCCCGACUUGAAGGCAUUAUUCCUGCUCUGGAGACAUCUCAUGCACUUGCCUUUUUGGAGCAGCUGUGUCCAACUCUUCCAAACGGAACUAAGGUUGUUCUCAACUGCAGUGGCAGAGGGGACAAGGAUGUGCAAACUGCAAUAAAGCAUUUGAAGAUAUAAUGUGAUGUUGGACUUUAUUUGAGAGAAUAAAUAAGUAAUAAAGUUUUAGUCUUGUAGUUUGCGUCUUUUUUUCUAGUUUUGUAUGCGCUAAGAACAUUCAAAUUUGGAGACUGCUGUUAUUUGCAGCCAACAUUGUAUGAGGUCAUAGUUGAAACAAGCAAAUACUUAGGAUACAUAUAAAUUGGUUGUAGACCAGAUUUACAAUUCUACGGAGUUGUAGUGUAGAAUUGUAGAUUUGGAUUAUUGUCUUUACUUUGUGUCGUAUGCAAAGAACAUUCAAUUUGGAUAGUCAAUAAACUCAAUGUUGAACUGUAGAUUACUAUUCCGUAUUCAAA